GACUCCAGACAUUUUUUUUUCUUUUUGGCUACAAACAAUCUGGUUUGUGUGCGAUAGGGCUGGUAUUUUCAUCCUUUGUCCUACCGGCAUCAAAUAAAUCAUUAGCCAAUUUCAAUGAGACAUCACUUGCUUUUAAACAUUUGAAGAAUUUAAAUUAGUUAGGUUAAUUUAUGUUGGGUUAGUAGAUAGUCAUUUAGUCAAGGCUCAGGUCAAGCUUGCCGCCCUAAUGAAGGAGUACAAAGUGGUUGUCCUGGGCAGUGGCGGCGUUGGGAAGUCAGCGCUGACUGUCCAGUUUGUCACCGGCACGUUCAUCGAAAAAUAUGACCCGACUAUCGAAGAUUUCUAUCGCAAAGAGAUCGAGGUGGAUUCAUCCCCCUCUGUGUUGGAGAUUCUUGAUACCGCAGGGACGGAGCAAUUCGCUUCCAUGCGAGAUCUGUACAUAAAGAAUGGACAGGGCUUCAUCUUGGUGUACAGUCUCGUCAAUCAACAGUCGUUUCAGGACAUCAGACCAAUGCGGGACCAGAUAGUCCGCGUAAAGCGGUUUGAGAAAGUCCCUCUGAUCUUGGUGGGGAAUAAGGUGGACCUGGAAUCGGAGAGGGAAGUUUCUGGUUCCGAUGGCCGUGCCCUGGCACAGGAGUGGGGCUGCCCCUUCAUCGAGACCUCGGCCAAAAGUAAAACCAUGGUAGACGAGCUGUUUGCGGAGAUUGUAAGGCAGAUGAACUAUGCCACAUUGCCAGAGAAACAGGAGCAAUGCUGCACAGCCUGUGUGGUGCAGUGAGGGGCCAGGCCUCACCACACUUAACCCCCAGGCCCCUCACCUGGCAGAAUGCACCUUUUCAACCAGUUUCUGCUUCAGUGACAUUUGGUCCCAUCAGCCACAAAAGCCACCACUGAGCCCCCUCUACCUCGGAAGCCUGUGAUUACGUGAAGAGGCUUGUGUGUCUUUGCCGUGCUGAAGGGAACUCAGCGGAGCGACAUACGAAUCUUUGACGACCCUUGAAGUGAUGAGCGUAGAGUGUGCGCACACACACACACCUUCAGAGGAGCUGGUCUUUGGGGUGAUGGCAGUGUAUGCUAUAAAAAGGACAGACAGCUUUUGGGAAUGGGGCUAAUAUGGAUGUCUAUUUUCUUAGUGGGAGCAAGGGUAAUGAUUAGGGCUUCUUCUGCCCUGAAGGUGCUCAGUUAUACAUCCCCAGUUUUACUUUUAAUGUUAUGUUUAAUAUCUAAUUUUAAAAGUGAUAACAGCCAUUUAUGCAGGUUUUGAGACCCUGGACUAUCUUAAUGUGUUGCUUUUUACCCCUU